AUGGCUGGCACGAGCGAGCAGGAUAAGAACCAGUGCUUCGCGGGCGAGACCAUCCUCGAUUGCUACAGCUGGUCGUUGUUCAACCCGUUCCUACACCGGGGAGACGGGGCCACCGAGGCCGCGAGGAAAGAGGUGGUUGAUGCCCUAGCCAAGGACCUCGGUCAGGACUUCUCGUUCAGCCAGCUCUGCCGCAGCAACAUGGCCAUCGACACACUGUGGUCAUGGGGGGCAUUCCAGCUCACGUGGCCCUGGCUCCACAUGUCGGACGAGUACCCCCUUGGGAAGCCCAUGUUGACCCCCAAGCAGAUGGCAAAGCAUGGAGCAGUGUCCUGGGAUGGCGUCAAGCCGGCCACCCUCCAGGAACGAGUCAACCAGGUCUCGUCUGAGGAGCCAGACAACAGGGGCACGGUGUGCAUCUUCUUCGGGAGCCCGAGGAUGAUGCAGGUGGAUCUCAACCCUGGCGAGGGAUGCGGCCACUCGCUCAACAACCUCUUCCACUUCACGGCAACCAGGUGGGAGCUCGAGCAAGACGAGGCCCGGCCCGAGCGGGGCUGGAUGCGCCGGCGGGGCGAGCAGGCAUAUGUGCUCAUCGCUGCCGUGAAGAAGCGUCAAGGUCCCGGCGGCUCGGACUCGAUCAGGCUCUUCGCAGGAGACGGAGAAGAGACACUGCCGCCCACGCCAACCGGCAUCAGGCCGCCCGACUGGGGGUUCUCACCGUCCGAGCCCGUCCCCGUGGGCUGUCGGCUCUCUCUCUUCUACGAGACCACCGACAGUACCACGCCAAGUGCCGAAAUCCACGUACGCCGUGAUGGCCCCAUUGGCCUGCCGAGGGAGUUCCACCUCCACCUGCUGGACCUCUUUGAGAAGCAGGCGGAACACGACCGCCUUCAUCCCGAGGCCAUGUUCCAGGAACCGGUGGAAGCCACCGUGGGUGCGACAACGCACGUCGAGGGGGGCGAGGCGGGUGGCGACCUGGACCAAGACAUGGACGACGUCGAGGAGAUAGUCAGCGCCGAGGAGAUGGUCAAAGCCGAGGAGAUGGAUGACGUCGAGGAGGGCGAAGUCAGGGACGUCGAGGCGCAUGAGGUCGAGGCGCACGAGAUCGACGUCGACGAGGGGAAGGACAGCAACGCAGAUGAGAGCGAGGUCAGCGAUGUCAAGAAGGACCACGAUAGCGAAGUCGAGGGUCACGAGAACACGAGCGGCGACACGGCAAGUGAGUCUGUCAAGAGUGAAUCCGGUACAGGGGUGCCAUACUCACUCACCGCGAGUAUGACCGAGUUCUUCCGGAACCCUCAUCAGCAGGCACCAGGUGUGCCGGGCACGGAUGCGUCGAGGAGCACAGGUGACCGACGAGGGCGCGGGCGAGAUCAGACGCCAUCGCAGCCAGGCGAGCCCGCUGGCGAGUCACGCCAAGGGGCACCGAGCCUUGCCGAUGAAAUGACGGCAUUUUUCCGCCAGAGCCAACCCCGCCAGAGCCAUUUCCGCCAGAGCCAGUCUCAGCAGGGAUCACGGGGUAGCCACGCCGGUCACGACGGCAACGCGGAGGGCAGAGAAGAGUCUACACGGACGGCGCCGCCCCCAACGGGCCCGAGGGAGUUCCCUGACUCAUUGUGGGCCCCACCGAUUAGCCGGGGAGGAAGAUAUGGACGACGCCGAGGAAGGUCUCAACGCCAGGGAAGAGGCCGUGGGGGUGGGCGGUAAGGGGCGGGCCGUUGAGGUUGUGGC